AAACAGUUAUACAACUAAAUAUUUUCUACGUAUUCAUUAAGGUCUUCAUUUUGGUAUAAGUGGCACCAAUCGUUGUCUCCUUUUCCUAUGGAAGCUUCAUUCACAAUUUUCUCCUCUCUAAUGGGUUCUUCCAGGACUAAAAUAUUGAUUACUGUCAGCUUUGUCACCUUUUCAUUUCUAUGUUUAGCAAAUGCCAAUGAUUCUCCCACACAGCAGGAUAGUUGCAAUAUGUACCAAGGGAAUUGGGAGUAUGACAGCUCCUAUCCUCUCUACAAUUCAUCAGCCUGUCCGUUCAUCCACAACGAGUUUAAUUGCCUCAAGUAUGGCCGUCCCGAUCACCUCUACCUUAAAUAUAGAUGGAAGCCAACCAAUUGCCAGUUGCCAAGGUUUGAUGCAGAACAGUUGUUGAAUACAUUAAAGGGCAAGAAGCUGAUGUUUAUUGGAGACUCCAUAAGUCUGAACCAAUGGCAAUCACUAGUGUGCAUGCUUCACGCUGCAGUGCCUACAUCUCGUAUAAUCAAACAACACUUGUACAACCGCAGUAUUCCCGCUGUCACUUUCAAGGACUAUAACGUAUCAGUGAUGCUAUUUCAUACGUUGUACUUAGUAGACGUGGAUGAGGAAACAAUUGGCAAAGUUCUGAAGCUGAAAUCUAUUAGGCAUGGUGAUCUGUGGAAAAACUUCAAUGUCUUAAUUUUCAACACUUGGCAUUGGUGGCACCGUAGAGGACAGAAGCAACAAUGGCAAUAUGUGGAAGUUGAUGGUAAGAUUAGUAAGGACAUCGACCGUAUGACUGCUUUUCGCAUGGCUUUGACAACAUGGGCCAAAUGGGUUGAUUCAGAUGUUGAUGCCAAUAGGACUCAAGUUGUAUUUCAAGGAAUCUCCCCUUCUCACUACAAUGGUGCAGGAUGGAAUGAACCAGGAGUGAGAAAUUGCUCAAGGCAGAUGACACCAUUCAUGGGACCGGUUCAUCCGACUGGUUUAACUCGUGCCGUAGACGUAGUUAAUGAUGUCAUAAGGAGCAUCAAGAAACCUGUUUAUUUGCUCGAUAUUACAGCUCUUUCUCAACUAAGAAAAGAUGCACAUCCUAGCUCCUACAAUGCCUUCAACGGCAUGGAUUGCACACACUGGUGUGUUGCUGGCCUCCCCGAUACAUGGAACCUACUUCUGUAUGCAGCUCUCAUCAAAUAGCAUAGAAACAAAUGACCAAACUAGUAGCUUCUGAAAUAUAAUAAAUCUGUAAUUCCUUCUCCAAUUUCUAAUGAAUAUUUAGGGAUAACCAAUAGUAGCUUCUUUGGGGAUCAAUGUCGAAAUGUGAAAAGGAAUUAGUGGAAAGAUGAAAUGUGAAGGGACAGGGAGAGCAAUAUGGCGACUUCAUAAUAGAAAAUUCGCAGUUGCUUGAAGCAAAGAUUACUUCUAUAUAAUCACAUAAUAUCAAACUUCAAUAAAGAUUUAUGAAUCC